AUGGGGACGGGCGGGAUAGGAGGCGAAGAGGGAGGCGGGUCUGCUGCUCCUGCUGCGUCUGCCCCCCCUGUGGCUCCCGCGGUGGAGAUGGUCCGUGUUGAGUCCACGGCCUUGCAGGCAGAGAGCAGUAUCGCCCAAGACGUGACGGACACGCAAUGGGGGAAUGCCGUCGUUGGAACGGGAGCGACGUCGGCGGCAGCUGCUGCAGAAGCAGCCGCAGCGGAAGCAGCAGCUGGUGGGUUGUCUAGGGGCGAGGUCGCAGCGCCAGCCCCGCCUUCCAGGCGCAAGAAGUGGUCGGGAAAAGGGUGGCUGGUUUCGAGGGCAAAGGAAGAAGCGGAGGGAAGGGCGAAAUCACAGAACCGAGCGGCGGGGACGGACGCGGGGCUAUCGUCCAUGGCAGUGGACGACGACGAGGGGACUUCGAUGAUGCCAACCGUGGCUGCGGUGGAAACCGGUCUUGAGGCUGGUCUGAUUGACACAGACCUCGUCAACGUGCCGAGCGGGGGCACCGAGUCGCCGCUUGCCGAUGAGGAGGAGGACACGUCAACGGAGUUGGAGGACACUGGAGGAGGCGUUUGUGCUACGGUGAAAGAGGAGCUGGCCCUCUACCUUCUCGAGGCGGGCGUGACCGACGAUCUGGUGGCGAUAGCGACCGCGGCGCUGUUUGCCGCCGAGCCGCGCUGUUCGCUGACGGAGGGGACGUGGAAGCGAUGGCGGCAGAACUUGGACGGGUUGAGAUCGAAGGGAUUUUCAGGGACUGACGUGUGCAACAUGCUGGCGUUGUGCCCGCAGCUGCUGGCGCUGGAUUUCGAGGGUCAGGUGGUGCCAACGAUGGAGCUGCUACGGCAGCUGGGAAUGCGGCCAACGGAUGUGCGUCGCGUCAUCAGGAAGGCACCGGAGGUGUUGGCUCCACGGCCGGAUGGGAGCACGGCUGCGGAAGCUGUAGACGUGCUUCGCACGCUAGGGCUCCGAAGGCGGCAUUUGAAGAUGGAGGCUAUGCGAUGGCCGCAGCUGCUGGCGGUACCCCCCGGAAGUUUCUUCCAGCUGGCUGCGUUUCUCGCGUCCGAAGAGGUGGGCAUCAAGUCCACGAACAUCGGCUCUCUCAUCCGGCAAGCCCCCUGGCUGGUCUUGCAGCCCAUCGACGGCCAGAUGCUGCCGGUAGUGAGGUUUUUGCGGAUAGCGGGGGUGGUGGACGUGGAGAGGGUGCUCAGGGCCUACCCGAAGGUGCUCUGCGCCAGCAUCAGGGGCGAGCUGGCUCCGAGAGUUCGGUUUUUGUGGUCAGACGUAGGCGUCUCUGAGGAAGACCUGCCGCGAGUGCUGCAGACCUUCCCCCUGGUCUUCGCCCUACCGCUGUCACGCAUGAAAGACGUCAUGGCGUUCCUGUCUGAAGACCUGAGCAUCGGCAGAAACGACAUCGCCAAGAUCAUCAGGGCGUUCCCCUCGUUGCUCGGUCUUGAGAGAGAGAGACACAUGGCCGGGGUUGUCCGCUACCUCAAGCGGCUGGGGGUCCAGAACGUCGGGCGUUUCGUCUCGAGGCUACCCCCCGUAUUGGGGUACGACGUCGAAACCAACCUCGCCCCAAAGAUGGACUACCUGGUGGAGAAGAUGGGCCUUAGCGUGUACGACGUGCUGACUUUUCCAGCGUACUUCUCGUAUCCUCUCGACACCGUCAUCGAACCGAGAACAGAGUUUCUCGCCAUCAGAGGCCGUCCCAUCACGCUUGUGGGCCUUAACAUCGCUCUGCAUCAAGGAGAUGCUGACUUCGCUCGCAAGGUGGCCAGAGUGCAGCCACGAGUAUACCAAGAUUUCAAGAAGGCCUACAUCAACAAGAGGGCGGCGGUGAAGAAUGGUCUGGUGGAUGCUAAACAGUUGCUGUCCGGACCGCAGCGCAGGGCGAUCGGCUCGUUGGAGGGCCUGUCGACCAGCAACAACCUUUCGACUGUGCCGAGCCAACUUCAGAAUUGUUUUCAGUUUUGUCAUGAGCAAAAGAGAACGAGCUGCCUGGUUCACUUUGUGCAUGGAGCGAAGACCGUUUGGGCCUUCCACAGCUUAGGCUAA